AUGAAAGCCUUUUUUCAUCGAGCCGAAGGACUACCGGUGGACAUGGACUUCAAUACCCUCUACGGAGAACACCUACGCCGCAUAGGAUCUCGACGCAGGCGCAGGGAGUUUUUCUUGUCAAUUCUGGAUAGCGCUCGUAGAAUCCAGGGAGGCCACUCGCGCGAAGGGCUCUUUUUAGGCUCACACAAGCAUAACCUGCCCUACCUCGAGGUUCUAGAGUUUACGGGAUCAGACGCAAAAGUUCUGACCACACCAUACCUCCUCGAAGCCGUGCUGGACGGCCAUAUCACUUUGCUCGCACCGAGACUACUCAAGGCCAGCCUUACUGGACCCUUUCCGCCACAAUCACUCUUGUUGCGCAGCUUGGGGUUGAGAUGGACGGUCUCCAGAUGCGCGGAGCUGCCCACCCUACUCGCAACCUUGUCAUGCCUCAAAGAGUUCUCUCUUCACUUAGAGGACACCAGGCUCCCUGGAAGCGUCGAUACGCAGCGAGAAGGACAGACGCGAGCCGCAUUGCUACCGGCUCUGUCCGAACUGCGAGUGAUCGGGUAUGGCGCCGCGCAUCACAGCAUCUGCGAGCUCUUGGACCAACUUGCCGCAUCUUCAGCGCAUAGCUUGAGACGAUUCGAAGUCGGCUGUACUCACGCGGCCCUUGCUCAGUCAAACCAUGCGCUCAACGCCCUGAGGACCGCCGCGCAUGCCAUUCAAGCGGACAGCGCAUACAUCCACUUCAGAGACGUUCCUAGUGGAGUCAUCGCAGUGAUAUCGCUCUCGAGUCAGAAGUUCAGACACGACCAGCAACGUUGUCCCUUUGUCACCUUCAAAGCCACCAUCGCGGAAGGUUUCGACCUCUCAGUUGACGAACUUGUUCGCACGAGACUCGUAACCCUCCUCCCUCUCGAUCACGUCACGCAUCUAUACCUGGACUGUGUACCCAUGCCCGAGCCGUCCCCGUAUGCGCAGCCCGCCUUCAUCUCGGCAAUGAAGCAGCUCACAUCAGUACGCAUACUUCACGCCAACGACAACGACCGAUACCCUGGCCUACUCCAUUCUAUGCCGGAGUCGCAUCCUCUGGUAGGAGCACUGGAGGCACCCAGAUGCCUUCCAGCCCUCGAGGUUUUGGACGUCUCCUACUCUACCGGCAUGUUUCGGGACUGGUGGACCCGGCUUGCCAUAGCGCUAGCCAUCCGCAGUCGUACCGGGAUGCCGCUUACCUCGCUACGUAUCACUCAUACGUGGGGCCCGAAUGUGCGACGGCCCGAGAGCGCCGCGCGCUCACCUCUGGAGACGUUCCACAAGAAUCCAAAUGUCAACCCCCACGAUCCAGAUGCCUUCAUCUUGAAUAGUCCUCCAGAUGCGUUCAGUGUCGACGGGGGUUCUGUGUGGGCGAAGGAGAAAGUGGAGUCCGUGGCGAGGAGUCUGUUCGGGCAGGUCGUCCAGAAGAUAGAGGUGGAAGAGGCAUCGAGGAUCCAAUCAUUCUGGCCUCCUGUUCUGUAG